GACUCCAUUAGUUGUAUUUUAUUUUAGUGGAGUGGUACUUUUCGAAACUUUUGCUAGUUAAUUCUAUUUCUUUGACCAUGAUUUCCACAAAUCUCUUCAAUCACGGGAUCAUGCGCGGGUUAGAUUACAACCAGACGAUUCUAAUUUAAGUUUUAUGACCGUUGGAUCAAGAUCAUGAUUAAUACACCACAAGAAAACACAAACGAAGUACGAGGAAAAGAGAAAAUUCUUGAGAUCGAUGGAGACUCCAUCGGAUGUAAAUUCGUUUGAACUGCUUGAACUGAAUCCGAACCAGCAGGUGCGUACCCAGAAUGUAUCAGCCGGAGUUCGUAGGAUCUUUGAUGAGGCAAACAGAACAACUGAUGUUGUCCUGCAUAAUGAUUUUAGCUGGACGUCUUUUAUAUCUUUUGCAGCGGGGAGUAUGCGUGAUCUUCCUCCAAAACAUUACGGAUUCUUACUACUGUUAUUCGGUGGCAUCCUAAGUUACCUCACAAAAACCUGCGCCCCACUAUUUGAUACCUUUCAAGCUGAAAAAACCACAAACACCCCAGAGUCUCUGUUAACCUUAGAGGGAGCAUUUUAUGCUUUCUUUCCUCAGGUAGCACAUAUCACCGGUUUCAUAAUGUGCUGGAUUAUAACUUUUAUCCUCAUUUUGCCGCUACGAUUUGCACCACAAAUAUUUUCUGGGCUUCUUUGGCUUUGUUCAACAAUCAUUUACUUUGUUGAGCUGGUGCAAAAGACUUCCGCUUCAGGGCUUCACGUGGCUUUCGGAGACUCGUUCAAGCUGCAUGUGUUUUGGUUUGUAAUUGCACAGGCGUUUGGGUUUUCUUUUAUUAUUGGGUUAAUGGUAUUCCUAAUUGUUUACUUGAGUUGGAAGUUCUUUCAUAAUGGCCACACUAGGGCUGCGGAAGUUGGUUUAAAUGAUGUGUUGUCCUUAGCCAUUUAAAGCAUGUUUGGUGAUUAAUGUGUUUGUGUUUUCCAUUAUCAUCUAAACAUUGUGUGUAGUGUGUGUAGCGGUUGAUGAUUGGAUACUAGCCACUAUUUGUAGUUGAUGACUUGAUAUAUUGAAUUUAAGGACCCUUAAAUGAAUAUAGAAUUUCGAAUUUCUCCA